AUGUCGCCCAAAACGCCAUUUACCAUCACUUACAACAAGCCUGGAACCGUACCGCCCGUUUUCCUCGCAGGCUCUUUCUCGGAUCCACAAUGGCAACCCCAGGAGAUGGAAUGCAUUACUGACCAAAAUGGAGAGCAUACGUUCCAAUCCGAAGUUAUGCUCGAGCCUGAACAGGACUACCAAUUCAAGCUUCGCAUAGGGCAUGAUAACUGGUGGGUUCUAGCCGAGAACUACCCCACAGCAACCGACGACUCUGGUAACGAGAACAAUCUUGUACGCGUACAGAAACCCGCAGAAGAACAAAUUGCUCCAGCCGGCAUUGAUACACCAGAAAUCAAGCUGAACCCUGCCACACAGUCGACUGUGACACUUUCGGAAGUGAACAAUGUCGAUGGUGGCACACAAAAUUCCAACGUACCACUAUUCGCACAUGAGUCGCCAGGCCAUGAUGUUGAAGAAGACGCCCAAGAAGACAAUACAGAAAACAAGGCUCCCUUGUUCGCGCAUGAAUCUCUGGGCAACGAUGUCAAGGACGAAGACUCUGAGGACUUUAAGGCGCCUCUGUUUGCCCACGAAUCGCUUGUCGAUGAUUCUAAAGAUGAAUCUGAAGAGAUGAAGAUGCCGCUGUUUGCUCAUGAGUGCCUGGGUGCUUACGACUUCGGAGAGGACGCAGAACAUGAUAAUACGCCCAACGCCAUCAGUAGCCCGGGACAGACCUCGAAAGUCAAGACAAUGCACGAUAAGACGGCCGAACUCGACGUUAACGAUCCCACCCUCGAGAGCUUUCCAUCCGAUCGUGGCUCAAUUCUCGGCACCAUACGCUCCAUCCAGACGCAUCUUGGAGAAGACCAGACUCACCUCGACGACAUUCCCUCGUCACCUCGUGUGAUCUCGUCUAGAAGAACUAGCCUGGAUUCUAAUGAUGACUUGUGCUUGUCCCCCGCGUCCUUGAGUCCUACCGUUACUAGAAGACGUGAUAGCAGACCUUCUCACAGCUUCGGAAGAACCCGCUCGGCCGUAUCUCUGGGGUCAAUAGAAGAGGAGCCUAAGCCCUCUUCCAACAGACAAUCGAAGGGCCCGCCCGUUGUCUCCCUGCCGAACCCCCACUCGAGAGACAAACUUGCCGGGCAAAAGUCGCCCCCCAGUGAGGAGGACGAAGCCGUUGUCAUGAAGACGUCUGAGGUAAAGCCCAGUACGAAGACAAAUGGCGAGUCACCAUCUCAAGUUGAAAGUUAUCCGACCCAGAAUACCCAACACGAAAAGGCCCCCACCGCCGCUACAACCGAACAGAUCUUGGACAAUACACAGUCCAAAGCGGUCGAUGGGCAAGCAAAUGAUGCCCCGCUCGCUGCCAAAUCUGUUGAGCACGAAGCGUCCUCUGGCUCUGAAUCAAAACCUGCCUACUCUCUUCAAGACGCCGAACCCGCGCCGAACCCGAAGAGCAACAAGGCAGCAAAGAAAACAGCACCCUCGGGAGGAUCGUCGCAACCCCCUCCAGGAGCACUCGCAGUCGCCAUCGGGAUAGGUUGGUGGCAGGCUGCUGAUCACUAG